CCACAACCGGAACCACCCUUGAAAUGCAAGGUACACGAGUAACACGAACACAGUAUGGUUUCCGAACGUUACAAGAGUCCUCAGCCAAAAUGUGCCUAAAAGUUACCGGAUAUCCAUUGCCAGAAAUUACAUGGUAUAAAGAUGAUGUACAAUUACAUGAAGACGAACGUCACACAUUCUACGCUGAUGAAGACGGCUUCUUCGCCAUGACUAUUGAUCCAGUACAGGUUGAAGAUACAGGCCGAUAUACAUGUAUGGCAACGAACGAAUAUGGUCAAGCCUCAACAUCAGCUUUCUUCCGAGUACUCAAGGUAGAAAAAGAGGCUGCACCACCGAAAUUUGUAAAUUCACUAAAGGAUCAAGAAUGCAAAGAAGGCGAAGUGAUCAGUUUCGAAUGCGAGGUAGAAGGAUGGCCAGAACCUGAAUUGGUAUGGUUGGUAGAUGAUCAACCACUACGGCCAUCUCAUGAUUUCAAGAUAGAAUACGAUGGUAUGAAUGCAAAACUUGAAAUUAGAGACGCACAACCAGAUGACACUGGCGUUUAUGCGGUUAAAAUCCAAAAUGAAUUUGGAACAGCAGAAAGCAAAGCAGAACUGGUUGUUAUACCAGAUCCAGACAAGAAUCAUGUAGCUCCA